AUGGCUCAACUUGCCGUUGACCCGUCUCGCGUACGUCGUAGCCCCGUCCACGUGAAGGACUUACCACCGCCGCCAUACGAGUUCUAUGACGCGCAUACCAUUUCCGUGCCUUUUGUUGUCGACCCUUGCGUGGCCGUGCCUUUCGCGCGGACGCACUCUCUCGGCGCAACCCGUCCUGAGCACCCUCGGCCGCAGUUGACUCAGUCGCGCCGGACCGGUCCCAAUCUCUCCAUUCCUCAUCUCCGAGAAGCGCUCCACAGUCUCGAAUCGAAGAUGGCGACGCUGCUCAGCGAACGUGAAAUGCUCGAGUCCAGACUAGAGCAAGCCGUACGUCUGCAGUCGCCGAUCCAACGUCUCCCCGAAGAGCUGUUAUCCACGAUCUUCGAGAUCGGCGUUCUCUACGAGGACGAAGAGGACUCGCUCACGCUGGCGAACAUGAUGCUCGUAUGCCGCUAUUGGAGAGAUGUCGCAGUCGAUACUCCGGGACUCUGGUCCCGGAUCAUGACGGGCACGCACCAUUCAAUCGAGCGCGCCCGUCUCAAGCUCGACCGAUCGAAGAAUGUGCCAUUAGAUGUUUGGGUCGACUUCAGUCCCCCCAUGGAGUAUGGUAGUGUCAGAACCGAGACACUUAUGCAUGCGAUGGACCUCCUACGACCAUCUAUUUCGCGGUGGCGGUCAUUCCAUCUCACCGUGCCCAAUCGACCGCAAACCCACGCCGUACUUUCGCGCUGUAAGGAGCGCGCGCCAUUACUGGAGGUGCUCUCGGUGCGUGUCUGCCAUUCUAUGCAGGAAGAUCAUUACUCGACCCCACCACUUCCCCUUUUCGAGGGGCGCACUCCACGACUUCGUUCCUCUUCGUUUACGUCGUUCAACUUCAACUGGGACAUGGCACUAGUCAGCCGGCUACGUAUCCUCAAACUGGGCGGGUACUGGAACGGGCUCUCGCCAUCUGUCGACGUCAUACUGGGGAUUCUUCGGGCAUGUCCCCAGCUGGAAGAGUUGGCGCUGCGCAAUAUGUCCGACGUCGAUCCUCGGACGUGUGCCCAGGCAGAGGCAGAUCCCUCGGAUCACGACGAUUCCAGCGAUAGAUUUGUGCGCCUCGCCGACUCGAGAACGGUGCAGCUGCCAAACCUCAGGAAGGCCUCAUUCUACUACUGCGGCAACAUGCGCGCUCGCACGGUUCUUGGCUUGUUGGCGUUCCCGGCGCUGGAGGAGAUCGAGCUGUGUUUCCUGGAUAAUGUGUCUUCCAUCAUAGAACAGCUGCGACGACAAUCGUUGACCCGGCUGCCCCUGCACCGACUUCGGAUUGAAUCGAGCUACUUCGGCGAAAUGAGGCUGUUCAGACUUCUACGGCGAUUACCUGCGCUUACAGCCUUGGAAUUCGUGGAUGUAGAUGACGUGUCGUCCAAUUUGUUGAAGAACUUGAGUACUCCGCCCAUGUCUCAGACAUGGAUUUGCCCUAGACUUACGACACUCGGCCUGGAAGGUUGUACAUCGCUGGAUUGGGAGUCAAUCCGCUCCUGUGUUGAAUCUCGUCUUCCUGCUCAGGCGCGAGCAUUCCCUCGACAAUCUACAGCUUCUACCUCUCCUGUCCUUGCCCCAUCGUUGUCGUCCACGUCGAGUUCUACUACCAGGGCUACGUCCUCCGCUUCCGCGUUUGCUGCGCAAGCGCAUAUUCUAUCACGGAUACCAGCAGCUCCCUCCGCCAGCGGCGUUGCAAUGCCGCCUCAACGGCUGGAGUCGAUUAAUCUUUCUCGAUGUCACCAGAUCAGCAAGGAGAUGCUGCAAUGGCUGCGCAUGUACGUCGCUGAAGUGAAGUACGAAACCACGCGGGGAGUGUGGGGUGAAGUCCCCUCAUGA